AAUGAUUUAUAUUUUUUCCUUAUAAAUGUUAAUUAUUUGACAAUAUCGAGCUACUCGUUGAAUUGUCGACAAUAAACUAACCUAUUUAGAGUCAAAAGACGAUCGGUUUCGUUAGAAAACUUAAACAAUUUUUAAUUUACACUCUUGGUGGCUCUUUUGAUGCAAUUAUUCAAGGAAAUAUAAUUAUCAGCCCGAAUCUACAUUUACUAUUGACAAUGUCUGAAAUAAUUAUACGAAAAGCUAGACGUGAAGACUGUGAAGCCAUCAGAAUGCUUAUACAGGAAUUGGCAGACUAUGAGAAGAUGCCAGAUGGACCACAAAUUGAUUAUAAGACUUUAGAGAGAGAUGGCUUUGACAGGCAACCGUUGUAUUUUUGUAAUGUGGCAACGUCUAAUGAAAAAGUUAUUGGUUAUACCCUCUCCUAUUACACUUAUUCCACGUGGUGUGGAAAGGCUAUGUAUCUAGAGGACAUCUAUGUAACGCCAGAUUUUCGAGGGAAGCAUGUUGGCAGCAAACUUCUGAAAGCUGUCGCAAAGGAAGCAAUUGAGAACAACUGUCACAAACUGGAUUUUGUGGUUCUCAACUGGAACCCAGCACAAGAGUUUUAUAAAAUGCGUGGAGCCAAUGAUCUGACAGUUAAGGAAAAGUGGCACUGUUAUCGUUUCAAUGAGGAAGAAUUGAAGAAAUUAGCAUCGGAUUGUGAAUAACGUAAAAAUUUAAUUGUUUUAUAUAUAUAUGUAUAUGUAUACAUUUCUGAUGUAUAUCAAGUGCAAAAUUAGUAAAAUUUAAUAAUUUCUCAUAUAAAUUGUAUUAAUAUAAAGCAUUAUAUGAAGUUUAUGAAAAUUGUUUUUUUAUGUUAAAUAUAUAAUAUAUAUUAUUUUGAAUAAUAACCAGUGAAGCAAGAAAUAUAGCACCAUGUAAAAUGUU